UUUAUUGUUGGUGUCACUGGCUACCAGCUGUAAUUGACAGAUCAUUGUUGAUAGUUAUUAAUCAGAAAACCCCACAGAGAUAGUCGGUGUAAAUAAUACUGCAGCAGAUGAUUUCAAACAAUGUUAUUAUGACAAUAUUUGAAACGGUUUUGUCAUAAAUUUAGUAAAAAUGUUAACCAAAACGUGUAUCCAUUUUAUGACAUUACUUAUGGUUUAUGUGAUUACUUUAAAUUCUAUACCUACUAGCGAUGCAGGUGUUAUGCACAGUCACUCAAAUGAUCUUCACAAAGAACGCGAAUCAGAUGGGGCGUACAGUCCCAGAGACCACUCACAUUUCUCGGAUAGUGGUGAACAUCAUAAUGAAUUUGACCAUGAAGCUAUUUUAGGUAGUCAUAAGGAAGCUGAAGAGUAUGAUCAUCUUUCACCAGAAGAGGCCAAGAGACGCUUAAGAAUUUUGUUGCGGAAAAUGGAUUUAAACAGUGAUGAACAAAUUGACAAAAAAGAACUUAAGGCAUGGAUUUUACGAUCUUUCAAGAUGUUAUCUGAAGAAGAAGCAAAUGAACGCUUAGAAGAUGCUGAUGAAGAUAACAAUGGUAUUGUUACAUGGCAAGAAUACUUAUCAGAUGCUUAUGGUAUAGAUGAUGAAGAGAAUUUGUCAAUUGAAGAUGAAAAUGAACAUUUGAUCAAAGAUGAUAAAGAGAUGUGGAAAGCAGCAGACACUAAUAAUAAUGGUGUAUUGGAUGGCAAAGAGUGGAUCGCUUUUUCUCACCCAGAAGAACACCCUGCCAUGCUUCCAAUUAUUUUAGAACAAACUUUACGUGAUAAAGAUGUUGAUGGAGAUAGGUCUAUUACUUUUCAAGAGUAUGUAGGUGACAGAGGACAAGAACAUGAUAAAGAAUGGUUGCAGGUUGAAAAAGAAAAAUUUGACCAUGAUUUAGAUAAAGAUGGAGAUGGCAAACUUACAAGUAAUGAAAUUUUAUCGUGGAUUGUUCCCAGCAAUGAGGAAAUCGCAGAAGAGGAAGUGCAGCAUUUGUUUGUAGCUAGUGAUGAUAAUCAUGAUGAUGUACUUAGUUUUGAGGAAGUACUGGAACAUCAUGACACAUUUGUUGGUAGUGAAGCUACAGACUAUGGGGAUCAUUUACACAACAUUCAUCACUUUGAAGAUGAAUUGUGAUACCUUGUGAAUAUUGUAAUAGCAUGUGUAAAAAUAGUCCUUGAAUGUAUUUGUUUUGGAAUCUCUUCUGUUUUCAUAGUCAAUUUUAUUUAUUUGUGACUUCAUUUUCUUUAGUUCUAAAAAUUCAGUUUAUCCUAUUAAUGUAAUUGAGUGCCAUAAUUCCACAAUAAAUUACAAAUUGAACUAUUUAUUUAAAAACUAUUCAGUGUUACAAAAAUAGAAAUUAAGUUAUUAAAAUAAAACUUAGAUUCAGUCAUUUA